GUGUUGUUGUUAUUGCAAAAAAAAUCUGAAAGAGGAAAGAACAAAACGAAUUUAGCGUAUAUAGAAAAAAAAUUAAUUUACAAUAGAAAAUAAAUGCAAAUUUCUAAAAAAUUUGCGAAAAAAGCCCACAAACAAAUUACAUAAAACAUAAACUAAUAAAGAAUUAAUAAAUUUAAUAAAAAAAAUACAACCGGUACUUUGUAAUUUAGAACACAGCUAAAGGAAUUUAAUAUGGAAAAAAUGGCCAUAGCACAGCAUGAUAAUAUAUUUCUCUUUAUACCAAAUAUAAUUGGUUAUUGCCGCAUUGUUUUGGCUUUAAUUGCAUUUUGGUACAUGUCCACCAACUAUUUGGUGGCCGGUUGGUGUUAUGCAAUAAGCGCAUUAUUAGAUGCCGUGGACGGACAUGCUGCCCGAGCCUUUAAUCAAAGCACUCGUUUUGGUGCAAUGCUAGAUCAGCUGACCGAUCGUUGUGGUACCAUGGGUCUUUUGGUGACCUUAAGUUACUUCUAUCCCUCCUAUAUGUUUUGGUUCCAACUGUCCAUGGCCAUCGAUGUAGCCUGUCACUGGCUGUAUAUGCAAACGAGCGUUGUUGUGGGCAAAUCUUCCCAUAAAUCCACCGAUUUAAGUGAAAAUAUCGUUAUGCGUUUGUAUUAUCAAAAGGAUGUCUUAACAUUUAUGUGCUGUGUCAAUGAAGCAUUUUAUAUUAGUCUUUAUGUCUUGCAUUUUACCACCGGACCAAUAAUUUUUGGUGUUUCCCUUUUUAAAAUGGCUGCAUUUGUUACCGCUCCAUUUGCUCUAUUGAAAUCGUUGAUCAGUUGCAUGCAUGCCUAUGUGGCCAGCAUUGAUUUGGCCAAUAUUGAUAAACGUGAGCGUUUGGAGAAACAGGCCAAAGAAGCUAGCAAACGUUCGGAAUAAAUCAUAAAUAUUUCCUUUUAUUUAGCUAGUAAGUUAAAUUAAAUGAUAAAACAUGUGAAAGUGGUUUGUUUAACCACUAAACAUGAAAAAUUCCAGUUAAUUUAUUGUAUAAAAAAAAACAAAUUAUGAAAUUCUAUAUACUACUUUUCUAUAACUAUUUUUCUAUAGUUAUUUUUUUCCUUUUGCUGUUAAUUUACAAAUUAUAUUUUGUAGUUUUAGAGUUAUUAUUUUUAAUUUUUUUUUUAUUUAUUUUAAUAUUAAAUUAACUUUAAUUUAUUAUUAAGUAGUGCAAACAAAAAAGAAAUAACUUUGAAAUUUUCUCUUUAAUUUAUACGAAUUUUCCUUAAUUUUUUUGGCCAAAUUUGUAAAGAAAAAACAUUUGAAAUUGUCUAGUCUUGUUGCUAAGAAUCAGAAAGCAUGAUGGAAACUAAUUGUUAAAAAUUUCUAAUUAUUUUAAUACAAACUUAUAAUUAUGUAUAUGAAUAUAAGCAUUUUAAAGCCUAAAAAACAAACCAGAGAAGAAAAAAUUACGAUAUACACAGAAAUAAAUACUAUAUAUGUGCAAAAAAUAAAUGUCUACCAAAAUAUAUAAAUAAACAA